AUGAAGACUACUAUUUCAAUGAUAUUUUUAACAAUAUAAUUAAUAUAAAUCAAUUAUGUAAUUGCUGAUCUGUAUACUUUCGCUGAUUUCUACGUUGUAAAUACUUUAGAAAUUGUUAAUUAUAAUAACACCUAUCUUAAUAGCAGUCCAAAUCGAAAUAGUAAUACAAUUAAUGUUCCUCUUCCAUCAUAAUUUAAUAAUCCUUAAGUAUUUUUCUGUAUUCAUUAAGCGGAUAUAGAUACAAGACCAACUUGGGUUGCUUUUUAAGCAUCUAGCAAAGUAGAUUUAGCUAAUAAACAAGUAACAUUUACUGCUUAGUAAUUUUAUGACUCUGCAAUAAAUAAUUUAAGGUUAACAUAUUUGAUAAUUGAGCAUUAGAGUGUAUUUGUUACAUAGGAAAGCUAUUAAAUAUCUUCUAAUAAUAGCUAAUUACAAGUAUCUAUAUCUAAAUCAUAUAAAAAAUCAUCUUCUACUCCACCUUAGAUUUAUAUUUAUCUUACAGGAUAUUAAAGUUAAUUGUAAGGUUCUAUCAAUAAAAUUUAUUUAAAUGUUACUCAAUAAGCAUCUGGCUUCACUAUCAUAAUCACAAGAUCUGACAGUAAUAUUUAAUAAGUUUUUUACAAUUACAUAGAAAUUUAUAAUGAUGGUUCAAUUUAAUUUCCUCCCUUUGGUUCUGGAUAAAAUAUUGCUCCUUAUUAUGGAUUAAAUGGAGCAUAAGAUUUAUCAAAUUAGGAUAGUACUUCUACUGAGCUUAAUACUAUAAUUAAUUAUCCUAAUGGCUAAGAUCGCUUUUCUAGUUAUAUUACCGUACCAACAAGUAUAUCUCUUGCAAGCGGGUAAUCUCUUAAUUAUACAUAAGUAGGAAUUAUAAUUGGUUUUAUUGGCCUUGAGUUUGACAUUUCAGAUAGAAAUUAAGGGAUAAGGAUGAUAGUUUAAGAUUUUACCCUGGCUAGUAACUCAUUAAAUUUUAGGUAUCGUACUUGGAAUAUUGCAAGGCUAAGAGGAGUUGUGUCUUAAUAUUUGUACAUUGAUAUGAUUUAGUGCAGUUAAUAUUCAUCAGUUCCAAUUAAUAACUCUUCAAAUUUUAAAUGCAUUGCUUCUUGUAAUCCUACAGGAUAAUAUUAAAAUACUGACUCAUCUAGAGGUAUUUCAAUAUGUUCUAGUUGCGAUUAAUCAUGUUUAACUUGUACUGGAGCAAAUAGCAAUUAAUGUUCUUAAUGCACACCAGGAAAAUAUUUAGAUACUGCCACUUCUACUUGCUAGCCUUGUAGUAGCACUUGCUCUCAAUGUAAUAACUCAAGCACUUGUACUUAGUGCUCUCCUAGUUUUCCAUAUUUUUAUAAUUCUUAAUGCUCGGCAAAUUAACCUCCUAAUACCUAUUGCGAUAAUGUAACUCUUGUUUGUAAGGCAUGUCCAUCUUAAUGCAACGGUUGUACAAUUGACAUGAAAUGCAUUUAAUGUAGAAGUUAAACUGAUUACUUUCUAAAUGGAUAAUGCACCCCAACAAUCCCACCAAACAGCUAUUGCAACUAGUACAAAUGCAUAUAAUGCCCUGUCUAAUGCAAUUAAUGUAAUUAGAAUAUGUAAUGCAUUAAUUGUGCUGACCCAAGUUAUUAUUUCUAUUAAGGAUAGUGCACCUAAUAAUAACCACCUUAAACAUUCUGUUAAAGAAAUGAUCAACUUAACAUUAAUUUAUUCUGUUAAAUUUGCCACCCUGCUUGCAAAUCAUGUACAGGGCCUUUAUAGUCUUAAUGUAGCUAAUGUAGCGAUGGAUAUAUUUUGGAUGGUAAUUCUACCUGUAUAUGCUCAGGAUAAGGUUAAGCUUUCAACCCAUAAACUUAAGCUUGCAGUUAAUGCAAUAUUUCAGGAUGUGCUUCUUGCAAAUACGAUAUUAAUAAAUGUGAUAAGUGCUAAUAAAGUCUUAUAUUAGAUUAGACAACAUCAGAAUGUUAUUGUCAAAAUUAAAAUAUGUACUUCGAUAAAAAUCAAUAAAUUUGUUAGAAAAAUACAAUUUAACACUGCAUUUAAUCAGCAAGAUAUUCAAAUCUGUGCAUUCAAUGCGAUGCAGGAUAUCUCAAUGUAAGUUAAUAGCUUUGCUCUUAUUGUGGCAAAGGUUUAUACACAAACUAAAAUAAUUAAUGCGUGAAUAAAUGCCAAAGUGAUUGUUUUGUAUGCACAAGCAACUCAAAUUGCCUACUAACUAAAGAUUAAACAGAAAAUAACAACAAUAAUCUAGAGAUAGACUACACCAGCUUUAAGUGCCAUUUUUCAUGCAGCAUAUGUAAUGGAAAUACUGAAAUUAAUUGUCUUAAAUGUAGCUCUCAAACAAGAACUUAUUCUUUAACAAAUUCUUCAUGUGCUUGCAAAAGUGGUUACUUCGAAACAGGAGUAGCAGACUGCUUAAAAUAUUCAGAUUUAGACUUGUCUUUUUUGUCAAUAGAAAAUUCGUUUUUUAUAGUUUUUUUGAUUCUUUAAAUGCCCUGUUUAAAUGGUAGCCCUUUUAAGCUUUGA